AUGUGUAUACGAUUUAUAAAGAAAACCAGAAAAAUACCUAGCAGAAGACUUAAUUUUGCGCCAGCAAAACUAUUAGGCCCGUUGCCAGUUGAUGAGAAAAAGGACAUUGGAUAUGAAAGCAGUGGAUAUGAUGAAAGCGUAUCCAGAUUCAAACAUGGAAUCGUUCCAUAUUACAUCGAUUCUAAAACAUAUGACGCUGAUUUAGCAGAAUCAAUUAUAAAAGCAUUCGAUUACUUUGAGAAAGCCACAUGCAUCCGCCUGCAAAGGUUACGUGAACGACCGACAGAUAAAGAAUCUUUAAAGUCUGUCAGUUGGCUGUACAUCACAAACCCUACCGGGAUACGCCAAUGUGUUCAUAGUAACGAACGGAUGGAAACUAGUGGUGUUCAGAUGAUCGUAUUAGGGUACGACUGCAUGUCCUCGGGUGAUAUAGCUCAUGAAAUCAUGCAUGUACUUGGUUUCUCGCACGAGCAUACACGGCGUGAUAGAGACAAUCACAUUACUGUAUUGUGGGACAAUAUAAAACCAGGUUACAAAAAAUACUUUGAUAUCAGCGAAAGAAAAUUCCAGAGUACAGUGGAAAGUCUUCCCUAUGAUCACGCGAGCGUUCUUCACUAUCCUUCCAGAGCGUUCUCUAGAAACGGGCAGGUCACCAUUAUCGCGAAGUCUGGCAUCCAAAUUGGUCAACGCACGGGCUUGAGUGAAACCGACAUCGAGAAAGUCAGUCUGGUGUACUCCAAAGAAUGCAUCAAAAGGAACAAGGACUACUUACUGAAAACAUGCCCAAGUGUUGUGAAAAACGGGGGCAGAGAGACUAAUAUAACACAACGAGAAAUUGAAGACUACUUCAAGGAUAGGCUAUGGCCAUUUGGAAUCGUAAAUUUUAAACUAAUGGACAAAAUAGAAUUUUCUGCCGAAGAAAAAGAAAACAUACGUUCAGUCAUAAGUCAUAUCGAAAAAGAAACAUGUAUUAAAUUCAAAGACGUUACCGACGAUAAUGAUUUACCUGCGUCGAAUGAUGUAUCAGAGAAACAAGUCGACGGUCCAAAGAAUGAAACAUCUGAUAAAGAUGACGAAGCUGCAAGUCCCAAUUUAUCUGAAAAUGAAGUGAAAACUAGCAAUGACGAAACCGAAAUGAAACAAGCAAGUGCCGAAAAUGAAGCCACAAAUGUCCAGCUGGUAAAACAAAACAAUAAUACGAAACGAUUUGCAAUGAAUACAGCAUCGGAAAUUCGUCGACAUGCAAUGCACAUUCUGGUAUUGAAACGAUCCACACAACCAGGUUGUACGUGUCCGCCACCGGGAAGAUUUGACGGAUAUAAAGAGCUAGAGAUAAACAGUGAUUGCUUCAAUUCCGUCAACGAUCUACUUCAUGUUUUCGUCCACGUUUUAGGCUUAGACCAUCAGCACAGCAUGUACGAUCGAGAUCAGUAUUUACAUAUAGUUUGGGAUAAUCUUAGUUCUGAUAUGAGAGAAGAAAUGAAAGUUAUCCUACCCCCGGCUGCUUCGGUUGGAUUCCAAUAUGACUAUCAAAGCGUUAUGCACUACCCGUGGCUGCAAAUUAAGAACGGAGUCACAAACAUUAUGUACCCUAUUUGGAACGACGGAUGGGCAAUGGGACAUUGGCAAGGACUUAGCUCGACGGACGUCCAGAAAUUAAAUCUACUUUAUUUCAACCAAUGCACGGCAAGAUCUAUGCAAGAAAACAACUAGUUAUCUCCAAUAAACAAUUUACAUUAUACAUUGAACGGUUUCUUUCAAAUUUAGUGCUCUUUAGAAAUAAAUUAAAAAAACUGCAAUUACAAAAAAACAUUCCACUUAACUUUCAAUGCUAAUUGAAAUUUAUAGUCGAAUUUCAUGUUUAGGCUUACACUACGGGCUUACAGUUAAAAUACAUAUUUAUUUAUUUUUAAAUAAAAUGACAAACAAAUAGUUGUUGUGAUAGAAGUUUAUUUAAUUCCUUCUUUUUUCAAAGAUUUAUUAAUAAAUUUCUGUGUUAAGUAACUA